AUGUCUGACCGCAACGCAGAACUCCUAGCAAAGUACCCUUCACUUGCCAAAUUCGAUGGCAGUUCUGAUUAUGUCGAAUCCCACGAUGGUCGUGAGACCGCCCUCCUGAAACACAUCUACAACCAUCCCUCGCUGGACAAGCUGCGUGGCUCGCCGGCGGCCAUCUGUGCCGUCAUGGAUAAGUUUGCUGCACAGGAAGACUUCCUUAUCAACAUUGGUAGUGAUAAGGGUCAGAAGGUGAAUGAAAUGAUCAAGAAAGAGAAACCCACUGUUCUUGUUGAGCUUGGUGGGUACGUGGGCUACUCAGCCAUCUCGUUUGGUGAUGCUAUGCGCCAGGCUGCAGGACCUGGAGCUGGUGUCCGGCUUUGGAGUCUUGAAUUUGAUCCGCUAAUUGCGUCGAUUGCUAUGAACUUGAUUGAGCUUGCCGGUCUGAGUGAUGUUGUCAAGGUUGUUGUGGGGACCGCAGCGGAUUCGCUCACGAGACUCCAGGCUGAGGGCGAGCUUACCAGUAUUGAUUUUCUGUUCCUUGACCAUGUUGAAGAUCUUUAUCUGCCUGACUUCCAGCUUUGUGAGAAGCUUGGUCUCCUCCACUCUGGUGCUUUGGUGGUGGCGGAUAAUGUGGUUCGACCUGGUGCUCCGGAAUAUCGGGAGCAUGUUCGCCAUCAUCCUGGGGUGGAAAGCUGGGGUGUGAAAGGCUUGAUUAUACCAGGCGAAUUUGAGGUAGGUGUCAGCUUUGGAUCUUAG